CACGGAAGAGUAAUUAUAGCACGUUGGAGGAAGGAGGCCGUGUGAGUGAGCUGCUCGUGGGAACAGGCAGGGGCACACGGUUGAUCAGUGUCAGAGUAAGAGGAAUCAACAGCAGCCUUCCUUGAGGAACUGCCUUUCUCAUUUGCUGCCUGGAGUUAACAUUGUUUCCUGCUGGCAGAACCAGGGACAUGCCAGCACUAGCGGGAUGAGUGGGUGCUCCGGUGGGGAUGUGGUCCUUGACGGCCAGUGAGGGCGAGAGUGCCGCAGCCCACUUCUUCCUUGGAGCUGGAGAUGAGGGGCUGGGCACCCGUGGAAUAGGCAUGAGGACAGAAGAGAGUGACAGCGAGCUCCUUGAGGAUGAGGAGGAUGAAGUGCCUCCUGAACCUCAAAUCAUUGUUGGCAUUUGUGCCAUGACCAAGAAAUCCAAGUCGAAGCCAAUGACCCAAAUCCUAGAGCGACUCUGCAGAUUUGACUACCUGACUGUUAUCAUCCUGGGAGAAGAUGUGAUCCUUAAUGAACCUGUGGAAAACUGGCCAUCCUGCCACUGCCUCAUCUCUUUCCACUCCAAAGGCUUUCCUCUGGACAAAGCUGUUGCUUACUCCAAGCUUCGAAACCCCUUUCUUAUCAAUGAUCUGGCCAUGCAGUAUUACAUCCAAGACAGGAGGGAGGUGUACCGGAUCCUGCAGGAGGAGGGUAUUGAUCUACCCCGUUAUGCUGUACUCAACCGUGAUCCUGCUCGGCCUGAGGAGUGCAACCUGAUAGAAGGUGAAGACCAGGUAGAGGUCAAUGGAGCUGUCUUUCCCAAGCCCUUUGUGGAGAAGCCAGUGAGUGCAGAGGACCACAAUGUUUACAUCUACUACCCCAGCUCUGCUGGAGGAGGAAGCCAGCGCCUCUUCCGAAAGAUUGGCAGCCGAAGCAGCGUUUAUUCUCCUGAAAGCAGUGUCCGAAAGACAGGGUCAUACAUCUAUGAGGAAUUUAUGCCAACAGAUGGCACAGAUGUCAAGGUGUACACAGUGGGGCCAGAUUAUGCCCAUGCUGAAGCUAGAAAAUCUCCAGCUUUGGAUGGGAAGGUCGAACGAGACAGUGAGGGGAAAGAGAUUCGAUAUCCAGUCAUGCUGACUGCCAUGGAAAAGCUGGUGGCCAGGAAAGUCUGCGUAGCUUUUAAGCAAACAGUUUGCGGAUUUGACCUACUUCGUGCCAAUGGUCACUCCUUUGUGUGUGAUGUCAAUGGCUUCAGUUUUGUCAAGAACUCAAUGAAAUACUAUGAUGACUGUGCUAAGAUUCUGGGGAAUACCAUAAUGCGGGAGCUUGCCCCACAAUUUCAGAUCCCAUGGUCCAUCCCCACAGAGGCUGAGGAUAUUCCCAUUGUUCCUACUACAUCUGGCACUAUGAUGGAACUUCGUUGUGUCAUUGCAAUUAUCCGUCAUGGGGAUCGUACUCCCAAGCAGAAGAUGAAGAUGGAAGUGACACACCCAAGAUUUUUUGCUCUAUUUGAAAAACAUGGUGGCUACAAGACAGGGAAAUUAAAACUCAAGCGACCUGAACAGCUCCAGGAGGUACUGGACAUCACAAGGCUGUUGUUGGCUGAACUGGAGAAAGAACCAGGUGGUGAGAUCGAGGAGAAGACUGGGAAACUAGAGCAACUGAAGUCUGUGUUGGAGAUGUAUGGUCACUUCUCAGGUAUCAACCGGAAGGUACAAUUGACUUACUACCCUCAUGGCGUGAAAGCUUCUAAUGAGGGGCAAGAUCCACAACGGGAGGCUCUGGCCCCAUCUCUAUUACUGGUACUGAAAUGGGGUGGAGAAUUGACUCCUGCUGGCCGUGUUCAGGCUGAGGAGCUGGGACGAGCUUUUCGCUGCAUGUACCCUGGAGGACAGGGUGACUAUGCUGGCUUCCCUGGUUGUGGGCUACUUCGUCUCCAUAGCACUUUCCGCCAUGAUCUCAAGAUCUAUGCCUCUGAUGAGGGUCGUGUCCAGAUGACUGCUGCUGCCUUUGCCAAGGGCCUUCUGGCUUUAGAAGGGGAGCUGACACCCAUUUUGGUACAAAUGGUGAAGAGUGCCAACAUGAAUGGGCUCCUGGACAGUGAUGGUGAUUCCUUGAGCAGCUGCCAGCACCGGGUGAAGGCUCGGCUGCACCAUAUUUUACAACAGGAUGCACCCUUUGGCCCUGAGGACUAUGAUCAGCUGGCUCCCACUGGAAGUACUUCCCUGCUCAACUCCAUGACUAUCAUCCAGAAUCCUGUGAAGGUCUGUGAUCAGGUAUUUGCCCUGAUUGAAAACCUCACCCACCAGAUCCGGGAACGGAUGCAGGACCCAAAGUCUGUAGACCUGCAGCUCUACCACAGUGAGACACUAGAACUAAUGCUACAACGUUGGAGCAAGCUGGAGCGUGACUUUCGACAGAAGAGUGGGCGCUAUGAUAUCAGUAAGAUCCCUGACAUCUAUGACUGUGUCAAGUAUGAUGUGCAGCACAAUGGGAGUCUGGGACUUCAAGGCACAGCAGAGUUGCUACGUCUCUCUAAGGCACUGGCUGAUGUGGUCAUUCCUCAGGAGUACGGGAUCAGUCGGGAGGAGAAACUGGAAAUUGCUGUGGGCUUCUGUCUUCCACUGUUGAGGAAGAUACUACUUGACCUGCAGAGAACCCACGAGGAUGAGUCUGUCAACAAGCUGCAUCCCCUGUACUCCCGAGGAGUGCUCUCCCCGGGUCGCCAUGUUCGAACUCGUCUGUAUUUCACCAGUGAGAGCCAUGUCCACUCCCUACUCAGUGUCUUCCGUUAUGGAGGACUUCUUGAUGAGACCCAGGAUGCACAAUGGCAGCGAGCUUUGGCUUAUCUUAGUGCCAUCUCAGAACUCAACUACAUGACCCAGAUUGUCAUCAUGCUUUAUGAAGACAACACACAGGAUCCCUUAUCAGAGGAACGGUUCCAUGUGGAACUACACUUUAGCCCUGGAGUAAAAGGUGUUGAAGAAGAAGGCAGUGCCCCAACUGGCUAUGGAUUCCGUCCAGCCUCUUCUGAGAAUGAGGAGAGAAAAACAGAUCAAGGGAGCAUGGAGAACCUGUCCCCGGGGAAGGCAUCAGAUGAGCCAGACCGAGCAUUGCAAACUUCACCCCAGCCUACUGAGGGCCCUAGCCUCCCGAGGAGAUCACCCCUCAUUCGUAACCGAAAAGCUGGCUCCAUGGAGGUGCUUUCUGAGACUUCAUCCUCAAGGCCUGGUGGCUACCGGCUCUUUUCAUCUUCACGGCCACCAACAGAGAUGAAGCAGAGUGGCCUAGGCUCACAGUGCACAGGGCUGUUCAGCACCACAGUGCUGGGUGGCUCCUCCAGCGCUCCGAAUCUCCAGGACUACGCCCGCAGCCAUGGCAAAAAGCUACCACCUGCCAGUCUGAAGCACCGAGAUGAGCUCUUGUUUGUCCCGGCCGUAAAACGAUUUUCUGUGUCGUUUGCAAAGCAUCCGACUAACGAGCUGCUGGAUGACCAGCACCCUGUGGUCCGGUUGCUGCGCAGUUUUUCCUCUGACUGCUCAGGGGGCCGGCCAGUCUCCUUGGAUGCCACGCUGGCGCAUCACCUGCACCAGUGCUCCUACCACCUGCGCCUCUUCCGGAACUGGCUGCGCUCAGGCCAGGAUGACCCCGAGUGCCUCUACGGAUUUGAAGGGUGCUCCAUGGUGCCUACCAUCUACCCCCUGGAAACACUGCAUAAUGCCCUUUCUCUGCGUCAAGUGAGUGAAUUCUUGAGUAGAGUCUGCCAACGCCACACUGAUGCCCAGGCACAGGCAUCUGCAGCCCUCUUUGACUCUAUGCACAGCAACCAGGCCUCAGAUAGCCCAUUUUCCCCACCACGUACUCUUCAUUCACCUCCCCUGCAACUCCGGCAGCGCUCUGAGAAGCCCCCUUGGUACAGCAGUGGCCCUUCCAGCACCGUGUCCAGUGCUGGUCCUUCUUCUCCUACUACAGUGAAUGGUAACUCCCAUUUUGGCUUCAGUGAUCAACCCUCUCCAAAUUCACAUGUGACUGAAGAAUGUCAAGGUCUCCGACUGCUCCAGCAGAUUCCUGGGAAUGGAGCACAAGAGCUUGCCAUAGAAAGGGAGCAAGAGAUUUUUGAACCAAACCAAACCCCACAGGUGCCGCCUGUGGAAACCAACCAGCCAUGCCAGGAGGUCCCUGACAUCAGCCAGCCAUGUCAGGAGAACCAUGACAAUGGUAACCAAACAUGCCAGGAAGUCCCUCAGAUCAGUCAGCCAUGCCAGAUGGCCAGCCAAUUGUGUCAGAAAGUCUCUGAGGAUAUUUGCCAACUUUGUCAGGAAAAUCUUGAGGAGGUCAGCCAGCCAUGCCAGGAGUUCUCUGUGGAGGUUGGCAGGCUGGCCCAGGAGGCAUCUGCAAUCAGUCUUUUGUCUCAGGACAACCCUGAGGUUGAUAAACCAUCCCAAGAAUUCCUUGGAGAGUUUGGUCUGCAGGCCCAAGAGGUUCCUGAGGAGGUAAAUCCGCAGUCCAGGGUGAUCCCUGAGGUGACUGACCAGUUGCCUGGAGAGGAUGUUCCUCAAGCCCAGCAUCUGUCUAUUGAUCCAGCCCCUCAGAGCCAGCCUCUAGCCCAUGACCAGCACUCACCCCUUCCACCAGCAACAUGUAAUUAAUUUUCUCAUUGGUGAUGUCACACUGUACCAGCCAUUUGAGCCAGCAAUCUUUUUUGUUGGCUAAUUCACUGGCCACCUCUCACCAGAGGUGUCUGGGGAAGCAGUUCUCUUGGUAUGAAGCAUAUCUGUACCAGAGCUGUGCCUGAGGAGAAGCCAAUUUCAGGUUCAAAGCAGCAUUGGCUCUUCACUUAGCCAUUAGACUUGAAUAGUAUUUCCUUGGGACGGGCUGGUCUGUCAUUACCCAGCCUACUCUGAACACCAUAGGAAAUCACAGAUUGUUAAAGGAAAUGCCACUUAACUGCUGAAGACGCCAUCUGGGCACAGUAAAUACAAAAGGGGGAACUCUAGUGUCUUUGCUUUUCUGGGGAAAUAUUCACAACUUCUCAAGGUACCCUUAGACCAUAUGUACAUUCAAGGAGACUCUUGUUUUUGCUGUCACUCCUCAGGUGGGCCCAGGAUGACCAUCUGAGAUGUCUGGAAAAUAGAGUCCCCUUCUCAAGCACCUGUCAUGGCCACUAAUCUUUAGACUGGACUUUUAAGUGUUUCCAUAUCAUCCCAAGUGCCCCCUCUGUCUCAGUCCUGUUGCUCUGGACAACAGCUCUAGGGAAAAAUAGGUAUUAUAUUGGUGUGCAAGUUUCAGAGUAACUAUUUAAAAUGCUCUAGAGGAUUCUUGGCCAGUCUAUGAAGCUGAGUCUCCCUUUGUUGUGGGACUGUUUGGCUUAGGGGAUCUUGUAGUGGAGAGAAUCAGGUUCUAUUUUAAGCAAUCAGCAGAGAUCAGUAUUGUACAGGUAUGAGCAAAGAUUUAAUAAAUAUAUAUAUAUAUAUAUAUAUAUUUCUUUAGUUGUGCCAGGGAUAGACUGGCCAAAGACCAAACACUCCAAAGUCCCCCCAAAAGUUUGUCUUUAUAUCAUUGUGUCGUAGGGCCAGGUGUGAUUAUGACGCUUUUCCCAAAGAUCUGGGGAUGGGAAUGGGGGUGGAUGGGAGGGAUAAUGCAGUUAUUGGACUGGGGAACCAGAACAUUAUGAGUGCUCAAUAAAUAUGAAAUAUUGAAAA